CACGCAGUCUGUUUUUAAUUUUCGGGAAAGUAAAGAUAUCGUUAGGACUUACAUCGUGACUAUAUGGAGGAUGGUCCAAUAAUUCCACGUUUUCUUCCGUUAAAUAAUGCCUUGUUUUUUGGGCUGUGUGCGAGCUUGCAUUGUCUUGGUGGAGGAUGAUUCUUCUUUCGGGGUUGAUUUUUCGAAGCUCGGUGAUGACUUUUGGCAAACAAAUGGUGGUAUACCAAUACGCAGUAACAGUUCUUUGCUCAUUAAGAGGAAUUGUUGCAAAAUGUCGUGACUCAUAUUUUUCGAAACACUUCGAGAACGGAUGACUUUUGUUGGCUUUUCUUCACCUUGGAACACCCAAACAGAAGACUGUCG